UGGAGAUCCAGUGAGCUACAAGGACUAAAAAAAAAAAAAAAAAAAAAAAGACUGAAUUUCUACAUAUCAGCUCCAAAACAAGUUCUGGAAAGUUCUACAUCUUUCUUUAACUAAAGGUCUUGUCUGGUACACAUACAGUGAUGAAUUCUCUGGAUAUCUGGGACAGCAUGCCUUUGGCCUUCACAGAGACUGAGGCCUUAUCAGACCUGUCAGAUCUCUAUAUGAAUUCAAGCCUCCUAAACGUUUCCACCAGCAACACCACCAACCUCACCAGCAUCACCUACUACCCAUACUACCAGCACUCUCUGCCUGUGGCAGCCAGCCUGACCAUGGCCUACCUCUUCAUCUUCCUGCUCUGCAUGGUGGGAAAUGGCCUGGUUUGUCUCAUUGUGCUGGAGAACCGGCACAUGAGAACAGUCACCAACCUGUUCAUCUUUAAUCUGGCCGUGAGCGACCUGCUGGUGGGGGUUUUCUGCAUCCCGACUACGCUGGUGGAUAAUCUCAUCACAGGUUGGCCCUUCUCGAACAUGGUGUGUAAGAUGAGUGGCUUGGUGCAGGGAAUGUCCGUCGCAGCCUCCAUCUUCACUCUAGUGGCCAUCGCCGUAGACAGGUUUCGCUGCAUCGUCUACCCUUUCCAGCCCAAACUGACCUUGCUGGUUGCCAAGGUGACCAUAGCGAUGAUUUGGGUGCUGGCAUUGGUGAUUAUGUGCCCUUCGGCAGCCACGCUGACUGUGGAGCAUGUCAAGCAUCACUUCAUGGUGCACAACCUGGACUACAACCACACAUACCCACUCUUGUCUUGCUUUGAGAACUGGGCCAACCCUCACAUGAGGAAAGUCUACACUACGGUCCUGUUCGCCCACAUCUACCUGAUCCCACUCACAGUCAUCACGCUCAUGUACGGCCGCAUCGGCAUCAAGCUUUACACCACUUCUGUCAUUUCCGGGAAUGACCAGCAGGAAAGUGGCGGGGGUCAGAAUGCUGCCAGGCCACUUAUCUCACACAAAAAGAUCAAGGUGAUCAAAAUGUUGAUUGUGGUGGCCCUCCUUUUUAUGCUCUCCUGGCUCCCCUUAUGGAUCCUCACGCUACUGACGGACUACGGAGGUCUGGAACAGGAGGAGCUCGAGCUCCUCGCUGGCUACGUGUUCCCAUUCGCACAUUGGCUGGCUUUCUCGAAUUCCAGUGUCAACCCAAUCAUCUAUGGCUACUACAAUGAGAACUUCAAGCGAGGCUUCCAGGCAGUGUGCAGGACCCAUUCAUGGUGCUGCUGCUGUUUUAUCAUGCCCACAGGGAGCAGAAGGGCUCACAGACCAGGCAGGGAAGACAGGAGAGAGACGGUGGUGAACUCAAACACACUGGCCUUUGGAGCCAGAAACAGGGUGUACACUGAUGGUAACUUAAAGAACUGCAGAGCCAGCAUGGAUGACGGGCAGAGGAGGGGCGGAUGCAGGCUCAGCAGCUCUGCCAGCAUGGAUGAUGCCAGAUCUGAGAUGGCCAUUCAGACGAAAGGGGUUGCGAGCCAAAAAGGACUGCAAAUGGAGGACCUGGAGAAGAUCAGUCCCAUUGGCAUGACUGUCAGUCAGGCCUGGGACCAGUAGAGACUAGUAUGCAGCAACAGUAAUUUAAAUUGUAUUAUAUUAUUUUUCAACAAAGGCCUAAAACUACUCACAGCCAUUUCCAGGAUGCAUACAGGGGUGCAAAUCCACAGGACCUGCAGACAGAGGACUAGUACAAUCAAUCCCACUGGCAUAACUGGGAUUCAGACGUGGGACAUUUAACGGAUAUGCUUUCAGUAUUCAGCCACUGUAAUGAAAUUUUUUUAAAAACAAAAGCCUAAAGAUUAACUACAGGACAAAAACCAAAAAGGCUUCGAGAUCAAGGGUGGAAAAUACUUGAGUAAUUGUACUUUGUUAGUGUACGUAAGUAAUAUUUUAGAAGAUUUGUACUUUACUCAAGCAUUAUUGCAAAUAUUGAAUAACUGUACUCAUACUUAAAUAAAUUUUCAAAAAAAAAAAAAAAAACCUAGCUGCUCUCACCCAGCUGCUACGCCAAUCAGUUUUGUUUUUGCUUACUUAAAUGGACUGAAUUAUUAUUAUUAAUAUUAUGACACAUUAAAGUGAUCAAGCCAUGUAAUAUGCAGGAUUUACCAAUGAUUCACAUUUACCAAGGACAUGGCUCCUUUGCCUCCCAUGGAAAAAAAAAAAAAAGAAAUACUGACCUUUGAAAAUUUGCUAGCUAGUUUUGUUUUUAUUGCUAAUGUCAACUUAGCAUUCACUCCAACAAGGUUAUUAAACAUUAUCUAACCAGCAAGCCAAACACUAUAAUAAUUUGUCCAAGUUAGCAGAAUAUUCAGAAUUAAUUAAUUAAAAAAAAAAACAUUACUCUUGAAUACUUGAGUAUGUUUAAAUGUAGAUACUUUUGACAUUCACUCAAAAAGUGGAUUUUUGCCUCCACACUUUUAACUGAAAGUGUCUAUACUUUUACGUAAGUACAGUUUCUCUAUACUUUUUCCACCCCUGUUCUGAUUGGAGGACCUAUGUGGCAGUGACCCAUCCUAUCAGCAUUCCCGGGAUGAGUAUUGACAAAAGGUCCAUAACAUGACCACUGACUUUUAAAAGGUCAUGGACCAAAAGGUCCUGUAUAGAGUGGACCGCUACAAGAUCAAUUCAAUUAGCAUGACUGUGAAUUAGCUGAGAGACCAGCUGUGAAUCAGCAAACACCAGCUAUAACCUGAGCAACUACAGAACAAGGCCAGUUGAGCAGAAAGUGGCAGCUGCAGUUUGAGCAGCUCUGUCAGCAACGAUGAUGCCAGGUCCAAGGUGGCCAAAAUGACAAAAGGGGUUGUGUGAUAAACAGGACUGCAGAUGGAGGACCUGGACAUACUCAGUCACAUUGCUGUGACCAUGAGUCAGGCUUGGGACCAGUAAAGGACACAAUUUCACAGUUCAGCAACCAGAUUGAACAAAUGCUGAGACUUGUUUGCCAAAUGGCAGCAAUCCUGGUAUAAAUUCUGAACUGUAUUCUAAUGAGAUGAGAAGAACCCUCUGAGAAAGGUGUAACAUUGUAGUCAUCAGCUUUCAAACUACAAGACCAGCAUAAGAGUUGACUCCCUGACCUCUUAGGAGAAUUAAUGCAAGCUUAGAAAGACAAUAGAUAUAUAAUAGAUACAAUCGAUAGAAAGGGAUCAUAUUUUAAAGUGAUUAAUCAUCACUUAUAGAUUUUCUUUGUAUAUGUUUAAAUAUCUGGUCAGGAGCAUGAUGGUAUCUAAAUAUUCAACUAUUUCAGAAUAGGAAGGGGGGGGGGGCAUUGUUGAAGUUCAUGUGGUACUUUCUAUUUUUCUACAUUCUAAAGAGCUUUUCAUUUGAGCAAAAAAAGUAUUCAGUGGUCGUCAUCUGCAUCCAGCUGUUCAACCUGAUAAUAGGUAUUUUCCUAUUUUGUCAAACCCAAGGUUGGAGUGUGUUAUAAAAGCUGCAAAGUAACUUCACUGGGUUUCAUGUUUGCCUAGACACUUUCGAUCAAGAUAGCAGACAAUCAUUUAGAAUCAAUAAAGAAACACUGGUCAAAAUAUGUAAGAGAUUUAUUUAAGUUGAGAGGCUAGACUGGUGACAGUUCUAUUGUCAGACCUUGGAUGAAAAUAAGGGGGGUGAAGAAAAGACAAACAAACAUGAUGUUUGUGUAAUCCUGAAAACAGAACUGGAGAUAGUUCUGGUGACAAAGAGUUAUUUUUGCAUAACAGCAAGUGGUAGCAAUUGGUGCAUCAAAACGCUGACAUUUAAUUGGAUGUAGAUUAUAGAGCUUGUGCCCAUCAUGUGGAAGAGCAAGCCUUAAAUGCAAAUGGCAGCCCAAACUCGCAUUAGUAUCAUCUAUUAUUUGGUGUAUGCCUUUGUAUCUGGUUUAUUUAGAGAGCCAGAUUAAAAGGGAAAAAAUAUGUAAUAAAAAGAUUUACUCAGGUAUAAAUCAUGAAAUUGAGCUAGAAUGUAUAUAUCUACAGUCCCCUCUGAAAGUACUGGUACAGCAAGGCCAAUUCUUUUGUUUUUGCUAUACACUGAAGACAUCUGGGUUUGAGUGAUCAUGAUCAUGGCACCUUAGGUGGCAGACCACCCAAUUUUCAGGUGAGCAAAAAUAUUGGAACAGAUAAAGUAAAUAACAGUCAAUAUUUGGUUGCGAUAUCUGCAUCAAGCCGGUGACCCACUGACAUCACCAAACUCUUGCAUUCUUCUUUUGUGAUGCUUUUCCAAGCUUGUAGCACAACUUCUUAAAGUAGAUGUUUUGGUGGGUUUCUUCCUUCAGUCUCCUCUUCAGGAAGUGAAAUGCUGCUCAAUUGGGUUAAGAUCUGGUGAUUGACUUGGCCAGUCUAAAUCCUUCCACUUUUCCACUCGAUGAAGCCCUUUGUUGAGUUGGCAGUGUGUUUUGGAGCAUUGUCUUGCUGCAUGAUGAAGUUCCUCCCAAUUAGAUUGGAUGCAUUUCUACGUACAUUGAAGACAGAUUGUUUCUGUAGACUUUCUGAAUUCAUUCUGCUGCUACCAUCAUGAGUUCCAUCAUCAGUAAAAAUGAGUGAGAUUGUCCCAGAAGCAGCCUUGCAAGCCCAAGCCAUGACACUACACCCAGCGUGCUUGACUUAAGAGCUCACAUGUUUUGGAUCAUGAGCAGAUCCUUUCUUUCUCCACACUUUGGUAGAAGUUAAUCUCGGUUCCAGAACUUUUGUGGCUCAUCUCUGUAUUUCUUUGUGAAUUACAAUUUGGCCUUCUGAUUCGUACGGCUGAGGAGUGGUUCGCAUCUUGUAGUAUGGCCUCUACAUUUUUUCUCUGAAAGUCUUCUUCGAACGGUGGAGGUUGUUGGUGAUGGCACUGUGCUGUUUUUGGGCUUUUCUUCACAGCUCUCACAAUGUUUAUCAUCAACUGCUGUUGUUUUCCUUGGCCAACCUGUUCAAUGUCUGGUUGUUAGUACACCAGUGGUUUCUUUCUUUUUUGGGACAAUCCACAUUGUUGUAUUGACUAUGCCCAAAGCUUGUGCAAUGGCUCUGAUUGAGUUCCCGUCUUUUCUCAACUUCAAAAUGGCUUGCUUUUUUUGGCCUUGCCAUUUCAAUACUUUCUGAAAGGACUAUAAGCAUGCAUUUAUGUGCCUUUUGUGGGUAUCUUGUAAUGUACCUGUUUCAUUCACUAUAAAACACACACACAAGGCAGGGAAAACCAUUAGCUUUGGCAUUGCUAAAUCUAUUGUGAAAUAAGUGCCGUGACUAUUUGUGAAUGUGUCUAGUGGCAAAUCAGAGUUUUAGCUUAAAUGCCAGGGGACAGUGGUGGUUUAGCAGUUAAGCCCUGACACACCAAGCCAUGGUCAAAACACUUGCAAGCUACAGCACUCAACCCCCAACCCUAAUAAUUGAAUUAAACCAAAUUUUCUGUGAUUGAUGUGAUAAUUACAACUAGGACUAUUCAUGCAGCAAUAUACCAGACUAUGAUUAGAUUUAUUAAAUGGUUGCCAUUUUCUCAUUCAUAUAUCAUCAUAUUAGUCUGCUUAUUUUUCCAUUUUGCCAUUGUUUUUGUAUCUUGCUUUUAUGGUACAAAAUGUUAUAUUUGACUGCAAAGAAAAAAAAAAAAAAGUUAUUUCCUUCUCUAGUCUGCAUUUUCUUUCCCUGAGUGUUUUCAGGCUUUAAGGCAAGUCGUAUAAAUGCCAUUGAAACUCAUGCCUCGGACGUUUCUAUUCAAACAAAAAUUUGUCAACUUUGAAGGCAUGCACCUGCAGAACUCAACUCUAAAUAUGCAGAACUUUCCCUGCAUAACUACUGACAUAAAUUUUGCAUGCAGGUGAUUUUAAUAAUCUAAAUGGGGAGCUCAGAAAAUCGACUUUAGUACCUGCUUAACCAGAGUCUGAAUACACAGAAUAUUUCCUUUGCAAUUGAUGACAUUAUUUAUAAUCUGCAAUUUAUGUUAAAAAAUUUUUGUAGAUUCUGGUGAUUCUGAUAAUCUGCAUAACCUGAUAUACAAGGAACUUUCUCAUUAAUAUUGACAUAACUUUUGAAAUUAAGUUGCCAGUUCUGAAAUCAGAAGCCCUGCACCAAGCCUAUUUUCAUCCACAGGAAGGUGUGAUGUGUCAUCUCUCGUAGUUGGCCUUUGUAAGAGCUGAUUCAGCAUGUUAAACGUAAAAUUGCUAGCUUGGCUGUGUUGCAAACCACAUCCCACCACACCAAACAACAUAGAAAAUUAGUUCACCACUGCAUGGUUAUCGACAUAGUCUUUUUUUCUGUGAAAAUGCUUUCAGUUGUCUUUUUUCCAAUCACGACUACAGAAUAGUGCCCCCUGCUGGCAUGCCGAGUUAUUUCCUUUCACGUAGGUGCACAACAUCUGUGCAUGUCGGCCAUCACCUGUCACCUUUGCGGUGUGUUUGAGAGUGACUUUUCACAGAAAUCAAUCCUGGCUGGUGCGGGCUUUUAGACUUCUGCUUGGUGCGUCAUGGCUUUUGACAAUAGAGAGCCAUUGCUGUGCCCUUGAGCGAGGCUUUUAAACUUCAACUGCUCAGCUCUAUGUUUGGAGUACUUUCUUCUUCUGUUGCUAUGGAUAAACGUAUCUGACAAAUGAAUGUACAUAAAUUACCUGAGUUUUUGAUCAAAAGAGUCUUGAAUGAUGGGUUUCUUUUUUUGUAUUCAAAACAUUAUGCAUGUGUUUAAGAGACCAUGUCAGGUUGUUGGGCAAGGAAACAGUAAUGUGCAUGAGACAAGGUCAAUAACUAGCAUGCAACUGUGGGAAUAUAUUCACUACUUACCUGGCUGGCUAGCAAUUUAAUGUUUAGGCCUUACAUGUAUUGCAGUUGACAAGCUGUUAUAAAUUACUUGCAUAUAUUGUUGCAGCUUUUGAGGUGUUUGUAAAUGGCCCAACUUGAAAGCACACGGCAGCAACAUUAUCCUGAGCCGUGUGGAGUUUCUGUGCAUGUUCUCCCAGGUUCCUCCGAGUUCUCUGUGGUCCUCCCACAGCAGAAUGGACUGGUUUUCCAUCCAGAGUGUAUUUCCUCAUUUUGCCCAGUGUUCCUGGGAUACUCUUCAGAUCCACCAGAACAGAAUAAAGUGAUUACUGUUAAUAAUAUCGAUUAAGCUGGUUAUGUCAGUUGAGAACAUAUUCUCCUCUGCAAUACUGAGCUGGAGUUCUGUUAAUCACUGAUAAAUAAUUGCAUAUUAAUAUUAGUCAUGAUUUUCUACAUAUAUACUACUGUGCAGAAGUCUUCAUUUGUUUAGUUUAUUGCCAUUUCCCGUUCUUUAUAUUACAUUUUCAAAAGGUAGAAAACGUUUAGUUUCAUUGUUUUUGAAGGCAUAAUUGCAUUACAGUAUUUUCUUUGUUUGUGCCCAAGACCUUUGCACAGUACUUUCUUUCUUCUGCUGCUGUAGUUCUGAUCUAAUAAUCAUGUGGAAUUUAAGAGAAUUAUUAGUAAGAAACUAAUUACAAUGUAGAACUAGUGGAAACAUUUGAAGAAUGAGCUUGAAGUUUCAUCUGCAGAAACACUAAAUUUAGCUGUAACUGCAAACCGACCUGUAGGAUUUACAUAUUGUAUAAUUAAAAAGUUAUAGCAGGAGUUUCAUUUAUAAGACAUGGCUAACGUGGCACUACACAAUGCCUGCUUUAAAUUAAGCUUAUAUGCAAGUUCAGCAAAUAACUGAUUGUUUAUACACAUAUGGAAUUAUGCAGGGCCAUGAAAGGGGUUAAACAAAUCCAAACUAGUUUAUAUUUUAAAUUCUUGCAUGAUGAGCUUCACUGAGGACGUUUUCAUAAACUCCCCAAAUAAACUGAUUUCCUCGUCGCAUCUCGUAAGUUCUACAUUUUCGGGGAAUGUAGGAGUGGAGGUGGAUCUGGAAUCUAUCCAGGGAAGACUGGGUGUGAGGAGUGAAUACAUCCUGGAAAAGAAGUUAGCCCAUUGCAAGGCAACAAGAAACACAUUCACACCUAGCGUAUCGUCAAUCCAGCUACCUGCAUGUUUUUGGGAAGUAGGAGAAAACCCGAGAACCCAGAGGAAACCCAAACAGACACAGGGAGGAAAAAGCAAAACUCGACACAGACAUUAACCCGAGCUCAGAAUCGAACCCUUAAGUUGUAAGGCAGCAAUGUUAUGCAGUCUCUACACAAAUUUAAUUAAACUGGUUUUGAAGUUUAAUUAUAUGCAUGACAGUGUUGUAGAAGUAGCACACAAUAAAUGUGCUGUUUUCUUCUUUUUUGGGCCAAAUUGUUUUUAAUUAAAUGAUUUCCUUAAUUUCUCUGCAAGUAGUCAAGAUGUCACACUGUGCUUUGUAUAGCACAGAGCUGUCGGACUCAGGACAAAAGCAGGAUUGACUUUAAUUAGUUGUUAAUUGAAGUAGCAAGCAGUGAAUGAGUACAAGUGCAUGAAAGGCCUGAGAACUGCUGUGCUUUGACAAUGCUUCAUCAGGUUUAUUGUGAGGAAUAAAGCUCAGUGUUAUUGUGCUCAGUGUAUUUUAAUACUGUAUGUAGUAAUACAGCAGCUCAUUCUGAUACUUUAUCGUUUUUAAAAAACGGAUUUAAAAAAAUUGUGUAAUUGUUGAUGUGGUGAAGUUUUCUGUAAGGAGAUGUUUAACAUGUAUGGAAGGAGUCUCCAGUAUCAGCGCUUUGUAACAGUCAGAGGUGAAGCUGCAACUUUAGGUUUUCCGACAUCUUCAGGAAAAAGGAGUUUUACACUUUGUGGUUUCUCGGUAACAUUUGUCGUACUAACUUCAACAGGAAGUGAGAGCAGGAACUAAUUUGUUUCUCAGAUGUUCCACAAAAUUAAAUGUAACUAUCAAUGGAUAAAAAGUAUUAUGCAUCAUUCUUUAAUAAAUAAAAUAUUGUAACCAUUAGCAAACUGCUGGGGUUUAAGAGAAAUAAAACACUUCAGGAUGUGCUGUUAUAGGAAAAUAAGCAGCUUCAGAGAAGCAACUGUAACUCCACUUCAUCACACCACGCAGUCACUGAUUAUUUUCCCAUAACAGCACAACAUGGAAUGUUUUAUUCUGUACAAAGCACAUCACAGAUUUAUGUUUUACAGCUAAUACUAGUGCUGUUUAUGAGUCUUUUAUUUAAAGGCUGAACAGCUUUACUCUCCCAAUGUGCUUGCCUUCAAUAAUAAAGCAUUCAUUUACAGUUUCAUUAGGAUCUAAGUAGUUAUGUUCCAAGCAGAUUUAGCUUUCCUUAUUUAAUUACUGUUCUGUGUCAUUGUUUUUGGACUGAGGUGAUUAAACUGUAAUGAAAAAUAAGAAACUACAUAUCAGUAGAUAUAUAAGUAGUUUCCAGACUUCUGCUUUGCUGCUGUUUAACUAUGCUUUUAAAUGAAAACCUUCUUGUAUUUAUGUAAAAUAAAAUAAAUUAAAUUAAAUAAACACUUAAAUAAAUAAUUGGGUCUUUUCCAGUUACAUGAAUGUAGAUCUACUGUACAUAUAUUUUUUCCGAACAUUUCUCAAUUCGUUAAAUAUUAUUAAUAAACAUUUCACUAUUCAUGCACGCCUAUUGGUUCGAUUUUCAUAUUUGAGUAUUUAAACAAAAAAUGAUCAAAUGUAGGGUGUUCAAAAAUGUUUGACUUGUAUGAUUUGAACGUAAGUGGCUGGUUGAAUGCAAGUCUGUUAUCCAUGUUGGACUCGGAGUAUUUAUGGCUUUAAAAUCAGUCAAAGGUGGAAAAAAAAAAACCCCACCAACAAUGACUGAAUCAAUUUGUUAAAAAAAAAUGCUGAUCCUUACAAGCCCUAUGCUUUUUUUUUUUUCAGUUAAAUUAUAAUUUACUGUCCACCAGGACACUGCCUUGUGAACGCUGUAUUACAGUAAGAUACACAUUUCCAAAGCAAAUAGUCUACAAAUAUAGAAUUAUUAGGAUGUGUAGUAGUGGAAUUAUUCUAUAAAUAGAAAAUUUUAGACUUUGUACAGAAAGUGGAAUUUCCUCUAUUGAUCAAAUUGCUGUUAUUUAGUUUUAUACAGCAGGGGUUGUUUAGUUGAAAGUGAACAAGAGAAAUCCAGGAAAAUGUUGACUCCAAGAGAACAUGAGAAGAGGUUCUGCAUGAAAAUAUCACUAUACUACAUGCUAAGUCAUUAUUGUGGUUAUUAUUGCAAUUUUUUGUUAUUUGGUUAACAAUCGAGCACCUUAAAGAAGAACUGAACCUUCCAUGUUAUGCAUCAUGUAAUUGUUGUACACCAUUCUAGUUCAGCACCUAAAAUUAAAACUCUCACAUGCAAACAACCAACUAAUGUUUUUAAGUCAAUCAUUCGAUUCUAAUUUACUAGCUGACAUCAAUUUCCCUGAGGAUAUAUAUCCAUAUGGUUGAGAGAACAUCACAGUGAACACACUCUCUCUACCAGUUAUGAUGAUCGUAACUUUACAAUUCUUUUAGGAAUUUCUUAAAAAUGCAUUUGUACCAAAGUGUUGUUGAAUUCUUGAAUCUGAAGGCAUUGACUUGCAGUAGUAAUUAAUGCGCUCCUUCUAAUACAUUAUCGUUUCUAUAGUAACAGCUCAUUCACAGGGGCUUGUACGGUUGAUGCACCACAUAAAAAGGUUAAAAACGUGCGCAAUCAUUGAUAAGGUGAAGUUUUCUGUAAUGAGAUGUUCAUUUAACGUUUAUGGAAGGAGUCUCCAGUGUCAGCGGUUUGUAACAGCCAGAGGUUAAGCUGUAACUAUAAGUUUUAUGACAUGCUUUGCGGUUUCAUGGUCACAUGACAAGCUGCAUUUUUUAAUCGUAUUAACAGCAUGCGAGAGAAAAAAUAUUGGUUAUAAUGCAGCUGAACAAGAACUUGUUUUGCAGACAUUAAAUGUAACUAUAAAUGGAUAAAAAGUAUGAAGUGUUGGUCAUUAAAUUAUUUUAAAAAUGCAGGGUUUUGGCCAUUCUAUCAUUGAUUAUCUUCCUAUAACAGCAUGAAACACAGUGCUUUAUUCUUUACAUAACUGGUAUCAGCUCUGUGAUGUCUUUUAGAAAAUGUUUCUGUAUAGAGAGACUGUUUGCCACACAGCACAGCAGUUCUUCUUUUUAUUAUUACAUUUUGAAAAAGAUCUGAUUUGUCAAGCAAAGAGAGAUCCGUGAAACCUUCACUUCCCUCCACAUUUUCUCAAUAAAUGAAAUGUUUUUAUGUUACACAAAUUUAAAAAAAAACCUCCAACAAAAAAUAUUUUUUUUGAGCAAUUUCAGUGCAGAUUACUAAAACAAUGAACAGGCUCUGUUGCUAUGGCACCAGCAUGAAAAUAUUUGGUCUCUUAAACGUUUACUAUUGAUUUAAAUUUCAUUACUCUUUGUCUGUUUCGUGAGGUAGGACAUGCAACUGUUCUCGUCUUUUCAAAAGUUUU